GUGAACCUCGUUCAAAUGCACGCAGAUUCUUGUCGCUGCGAUUCGUUCUGACUUCUGUUUCACCUGCUGUCGUUUUUUGUUGUCUUUCUUGCCUUGCGUCCCACGCGCUCGGUCCAGCCUCUGUAUACUUACGAUUGACCUCUAGGAGACCCCUACGGGGAAGACGACGGUCGCUCCCCAAUCAUGAAUCCCAGUCAACUCUCCGCGCGAUCGCCCUCGCCGGGUCGGCCGUUGAACGGCUACCAACUGUCCGAUAACCCUUACGGACCGCCGGCGCCUCUCCCUAUGCCGUCUACUGACCGAUUGGCUGAACAACCUACCUAUUCCGUGGAACGACUUCCGAACUCCUACGGCCAUAACGAACAUUACGACGAGCGGCAUCCCGCUGGCACCUAUCCGGGCUACGAAUAUUCCCUGAACCCCGAAGCCCACCACGAUGCUUACUAUACCCAACCCUACCAUCCCGCUGUUACUCCCGAAGAUGAUUACGACCUGGGCCAGUACCCCGAGCACCAGAAUGCUUACAACGAUGACCGGGUUCCCAUGAUCCAGCCUGAAAACCCAUUUGGACCCGAUCCCUAUAGCGAUGAGUACCACGAUGAGCCACCGAUCGAGGCUACCCCCAGCCCAGCUCCACUGCGCCGAUGGAAGACGGUGAAGGAAGUGCAGCUGUUCAACGGUAACCUCGUUCUCGACUGUCCCAUCGCGCCGAAACUGCUCAACCAGGUUCCGCACGCCGAGCCCCCGGGCCGUGACGAGUUCACGCAUAUGCGUUACUCGGCAGCGACUUGUGACCCGGCGGACUUCUACGACGAGCGCUUUACGCUGCGACAGAAGCUCUUCGCCAAGCCCCGACACACGGAAUUGUUCAUUGUGAUCACGAUGUACAAUGAAGAUGACUUUCUCUUUGCGCGCACUUUGAUUGGUGUGUUCAAGAACAUCGAGCACAUGUGUUCGAGGACGCAGAGCAAGACCUGGGGCAAGGACGCGUGGAAGAAGAUCGUGGUCUGCGUUAUCAGCGAUGGUCGUGCCAAGAUCAACCCGCGCACGCGUGCGCUGCUGGCUGGUUUGGGUGUUUACCAGGACGGAAUCGCCAAACAGCAGGUCAACGGCAAGGAUGUCACGGCGCAUAUUUACGAGUACACGACCCAAGUGGGUCUCGAGCUGAAGGGCACCCAGGUCCACAUGAAGCAGCGCUCUGGCGUUCCCGUGCAGAUGCUCUUCUGUUUGAAGGAAAAGAACCAGAAGAAGAUCAACUCGCAUCGUUGGUUCUUCCAGGCCUUCGGGCGGGUGCUCGACCCUAACAUUUGCGUGCUUCUCGAUGCCGGAACGAAGCCUGGAAAGGACUCGAUCUACCAUCUGUGGAAGGCCUUCGACGUUGAACCGAUGUGCGGAGGAGCCUGUGGUGAGAUCAAGGUCAUGUUGUCGCACGGAAAGAAGCUGCUGAACCCGCUGGUGGCGGGACAGAACUUCGAGUACAAGCUCAGUAACAUUUUGGACAAGCCUUUGGAAUCGUCGUUCGGGUUCAUUACUGUGCUUCCCGGUGCCUUCUCCGCCUACCGAUACGUCGCAUUGCAAAACGACAAGAACGGCCAGGGUCCCUUGGAGCGGUACUUCAUGGGUGAAAAGAUGCAUGGUGCCAAUGCCGGUAUUUUCACGGCCAACAUGUACCUUGCCGAGGAUCGAAUUCUGUGUUUCGAGAUUGUCACCAAGCGGAACUGCCGCUGGCUUCUCCAAUACGUCAAGUCUUCCACGGGUGAGACUGAUGUGCCCGACCGCAUGGCCGAGUUCAUCCUCCAGCGUCGUCGAUGGUUGAACGGUAGUUUCUUCGCCGCUGUCUAUGCGAUUGCCCAUUUCUACCAGAUCUGGAGAAGCGACCAUAGUCAUCUGCGCAAGUUCAUGCUUCUGAUUGAAUUCAUCUACCAGACCAUCAACAUGCUGUUUGCUUGGUUUGGAAUUGGCAACUUCUUCCUGGUUUUCCACAUUCUUACAACGUAUCUUGGUUCUGAGGAUCUUCUCAACACGGUUGGAAAAGUGCUUGGGGUGGUCUUCGAAUGGCUCUAUCUUGCAACUCUGGUGACAUGUUUCGUGCUAGCCUUGGGUAAUCGACCGGGUGGUUCCAAUAAGUUCUACAUGACUAUGGUGUACUUCUGGAUCGGUAUCAUGAUAUACCUGGCAUUCGCAGCUGUCUUUGUCACGGUGAAGUCUAUCCAGAAAGAGGUGUCAAAGGGCGACUUUACGUUCUCGACACUGUUUACCAACACGACGUUCUUCUCCAUCAUUGUCUCACUCGGGUCAACCUAUGUCAUGUGGUUCAUCGCGUCGUUCAUUUUCCUCGAUCCCUGGCACAUGUUCACUUCGUUCAUCCAAUACAUCCUGCUCACUCCGACCUACAUCAACGUGCUGAACAUUUACGCCUUCUGUAACACGCACGAUAUCACCUGGGGUACCAAAGGAGAUGACAAGGCAGAGAAAUUGCCCUCGGCCAACCUCAAGCCCGGCGGCAAGGUGGAUGUCAACAUUCCUCAGGAUGACGGCGACCUGAACGCGCAGUACGACGCCGAGCUGGCCAAAUUCGCCCAGAAGCCUCCCAAGGAAGUGGAGGUUGUUCCGGAAGAGGAAAAACAGGCCGAUUAUUACAAGGGAUUCCGAAGUGCCGUCGUGUUGGCCUGGGUGUUCUGCAACUUCGCCCUGGCCGCCGUUGUGCUGAGCGCGGCGGGACUGGACGAGCUCGACAGCAGCGACGACAGCGAGUCCAACGACAACGAGCGCGCCGAGAUCUACAUGGCCGUUGUGCUGUGGAGUGUGGCUGGUUUGUCGAUCUUCAAGUUCAUGGGUGCGAUGUGGUACUUGGUCGUCCGAAUGGUAAGUCUGUCCUGCUAUAUUCUAGCGAAUCAAUGCUGACAAUGUCCACAGUUCCGAGGUGUUUGAUCCGCACGUGUACUAUGAUAUAUGCCAGCAUGCGAUUUUCUUUUUGUGAUAGAUAGAUGUUUUGUU